UUCUUCGAUUGUCUAAGUUUGUACGGUACAUAAAAAUAUAAUGGCUGAAGUUCGGGAAAUUAUAGCUGCCGAGCUGAAGCUUACAAAAGUAGAACCUUGGAAAAGAUUAAAAGGUGGUUGUAGCAGCAAUAAUUGGGCGUUCAAAACUGAAACUGGGGCAAUAUUUGCGAAAAUAGAUAGUGACAGACAUAGUGGAGACCUUUUACUUGGUGAAAUGAAAUCACUAGAAAUGCUCCAGUCUUCAGAAAGUGUACGUGUGCCAAGCCCUAUCAAAAUUAUUUUUUCUCAAAAUACUACAAUCCUGAUAACAGAAUACGUAAAGUUUAAAGGGUUAGACGUGUUUCAAGGUGAACUUGGGCAACAGCUUGCCAUGCUCCACUUGAGAAACUUGCAGUUACUUAAGGAGAACACUGAUCAAGCAGUAAAGCAAUUUGGAUUCUAUGUUAAUACCUGCUGUGGGAAAAUUCCUAUUGAUAAUCAGUGGAAUGAAGACUGGAUUAAUUUCUAUUGCAAGCAGAGAUUAAAACCACAAGUUGAAAUGGCUGCUAAAAUGUCUGGAAACCGUGAAGUGGAGAAGUUAUGGUCUCAGCUGGAACCAAAAAUCAAGGAGCUCUUUCACGGAGUCAAUGUUCUACCUUCGUUGCUACACGGUGAUUUAUGGAGUGGAAAUGCUGGAGAAACGGAAAGUGAACCCGUUAUUUUCGAUCCCGCUUCGUUUUAUGGCCAUCAUGAAUUUGAUCUGGCUAUUACUCGUAUGUUUGGAGGCUUCUGCAAGGAAUUUUAUCAGAGAUACCACCAACUUGUUCCACGUGAAGUGGGAUUCGAGGAAAGGAAAUCUUUAUACGAACUGUUCCAUUAUCUCAACCACUGGAACCAUUUUGGGGGUGCGUACGAGGAGCAAAGCUUGGAAAUAAUGCGACGGUUAGUCGCAAAUAGCCAGUGACCAGAGAAAAAGAGGAUAUGUUCUAACGAGGCGUUUAAGAUUCCAGAUUAAAAACGAAGAAAGCAGUUUAUUCCUUUUGGUGGCCGCAUUAUUUUAUAAAUAUAAUAAUCUUUUAUUUUCAAUUACCAAUUUACGCAAAGUUGCUCCAGAUGCUGACAUGUUAGUUUGCCUCUACAAAGUUUUUGUUCCUUUUUCACAGUUAUGGAGAUGAGGCAUCUGAAGAAUAGGUAAUCCAAGUAAUUUACCUAAACAGGAAAUGCAAAAUGAUAAGUUUAAAUUUUUUCAAAAUAUACAAUUAUUUUUUCAAAUACUUUGGGCAAAAUGUUUCCUUGUCUCGGAGGCACUUUGAUGUCGGCUGGUGUCAUUUUGCUGUCAAUUAAAAAUAAUUAUAAUCAAUGGAA